GUUUUUCACUCUUAAAACACAGCUCUCUUCUAUUUUUUUUUCUAUUUAUAUUUAUCAACUCUUUGUUCAAUUACUAUAAUAACCCUUAUUCAUUUAUACUCAUUUUUAGCCUUCAAGGGCUUUAUUGCCUUUUACCUACUCAUUUUAUUUAAAAACAUUACAAGAUUCUUGCAUUAAGCUCCCUUGGAUACCGUGCUGUCGCACCAGAUCUUAGGGGAUAUGGUGAUCUUAGGGGUAGAGCAAGUGUUUGUUGUUGCACAUGACUGGGGUGCGUGCUGUGGUUGGAUGGUACUUGUGCUUGUUCAGGCCUGAUAGAGUGAAGGCAUAUGUCUGCCUUUGUGUUCCAUACAGGCCAAGAAAUCCUAAAAUGAAGCCAGUGGAGACAAUGAAACUUGCCUUUGGAGAAGACUAUUACGUGUGCAGAUUCCAGGUUUAGCAUAUAAUGCAUGGUUUGAACUUCAAUGAUCACAAUUUUUUAAGGGACUUAUGGUGUGGCAAAUUUUUGGAUUCUAACAUCUCCAAAUUUGGCAACUGUUUGUGUAGAUUUAGUGUAUGAAACAAUUAAUGCUGACAACAAUCACUUUGUCAUCUGCUAAAUCUAUACAUAAUAUUCUCAUCGAAUUUACUUUUCGGAAAAUCUCAUAAGAAUUGAAUGAAUAAGUGGAUCUUACUGCCAAGUCUCAUAUUUUUGUGAAUGUCAGUUCGGUAAGAAUACUACAGACAAUUAGAGGACUACUCAAAACAAGUUGUGUAGGGUUUUGGUAUGAACUAAUGCAAAAGUACUGUCUAUUUAAUGUCGUAGGAACCAGGAGUGAUUGAAGCUGACAUUGCACGUGCUGGAACUGCAGAAGUGCUAAUGAAAACCUUGACAGAUCGCAAUCCAGGUCCCCCUUGCUUGCCUCAAGAAAAUCCUUUCGGAAUCUAUCCAGAGAAUCCAGUAACCCUGCCCUCUUGGCUCACUGAAGCAGACCUUGCUUUCUAUGCCACAAAAUAUAGCCAGAAGGGGUUCACUGGAGGGUUGAACUACUACAGAGCUCUGGAUCUGAACUGGGAGCUCACAGCACCGUGGACUGGGACACUGGUGGAAGUUCCUGUAAAGUUUGUUGUGGGAGAUCUUGACAUGGUCUAUACUACUCCAGGGGCGAAGGAAUUUGUAAACAAUGGAGGAUUCAAGCAUCAUGCCAUUGUUGGAGGAAGUUGUUGUGAUGGAAGGAGUCGGUCAUUUCAUUAACCAAGAGAAGGCAGAGGAGAUCAACAAUCACAUUUAUGACUACAUUAGCAUAUACUGAUCUGUUUUCUUGCCGUUCAAGAACGCUUCCAGAACCAUAUUCUGCAACCCUCCACGCUUUGGGAUCUCCCUUGAAUAGAAGAACUCGGUUCCAGAGCACAAGAUUAUCAAACUAGAAUAAUCUUGUUGUAUUGCAAAUUAUUGAUUUACAAGAAAUACAUGUUUCAAUUCACCUGGUAGCUGAUAAUUGAUUUCUAUCAAUCUAAUCAGGCUUACCUUUUCAUUCACUGGCUUCAAUAAUUAAAUUGCAGAA